AUGAGCCCACACAAUACACAAGCAGAGACCGACAACUUCGAAGGCCUCACUCUCAAAGAUGUCACUCCCAAGCGUCCUCCCUUCUACAAGGACUGGACUCUCCUGCGACUCAACACCCUCCUGCUGUGUGCCCUACUGACGCAAAUCGCCUCCGGCUACGACAGCAGCAUGCUCAACGGCAUGCAGGCCCUCCCCCAAUGGAACAAGUACUUUGGCAAACCAACCGGCACGCGUCUCGGCGCCAUGUCCUUCGGUCCCACCGGCGGCACUCUGAUCUCGGUUCUGGUCUCCUCGCAACUCUGCGAGCGGUUCGGCCGUCGGUACCCCAUCUGCGGCGGCUCGCUCAUCAUCAUCCUGGGCUCGAUCCUGCAAGCCGCCGCCGCCAACUACGGCAUGUUCGUGGUCUCGCGCUUCUUCGUCGGCUUCGGCCUGGGGAUCGUCGCGACGGCCGCGCCGCCCUUGCUCACCGAGGUCGCCUACCCCUCCCAGCGAGGCAAGCUCGUCUCCUUCUACCUGACCACCUGGUCGCUGGGCUCCCUGAUCGCCGCAUGGAUCACCUACGGCACGUUCAAGAUGACCGAUUCCUCGUGGAGCUGGCGCAUCCCCAGCGUGCUGCAGUGCUUCUUCUCCAUCAUCCAGGCCGUGCUCAGCCUCUUCGCCCCGGAAUCCCCGCGCUGGCUCAUCUACCACAACCGCCGCGAGGAAGCCCUCGCCAUGCUGGCCAAGUACCACGCCGACGGCGACGCCACCUCCCGCCUCGUGCGCUUCGAGAUGGCCGAGAUCACCGCCACGCUGGAAAUGGAGAAGCUGCAGCGCGCCUCCCGGUGGACGGAGUGGGUGGCCACGCGCGGCAACAAACACCGCCUGUUCCUGGCGCUGUACAUCCCCGCCAUGCUGCAGUGGGCCGGCAACGGGCUGACCUCGUACUACCUGUCCAAGGUGCUCACCACGAUCGACGUCACGAACCCGCACACCCAGCUGAUCAUCAACGCGUGCCUCUCCGUCUGGUCGUUCCUGACGGCCGCGUGCUUCGCGACGCUGGUGGACCGCGCGGGCCGCCGGCGGCUGUUCCUGUGCGGGAUGGGCGGGAUGGGGGUCUCGUACGUGAUCUGGACGGUGUGCUCGGCGCUGAACCAGGAGCGCGGGUUCCAGGAUAAAGGGUACGCGGCCGCGGUGCUGCUCAUGAUUUUCAUCUUCAGUGCGUGCUACCAUAUGUGCUCGCCGGUGGCGCCGACGUACAUCAUGGAGGUCGUGCCGUUCUCCCUCCGCGCGAAGGCGUCCAUGAUGUACCAGCUCACGGGCAACCUGGCGGGGAUCUACAACUCGUUUGCGAACCCGGUGGCGAUGGACGCAAUCGCCUGGCGGUAUUAUAUCGUCUGGUGCUGUGUGAUCGUCGUGCACUUUGCGCUGAUCUUUUUCUUCUUCCCCGAGACCAAGGGCAAGGGGCUGGAGGAGGUGGCGGAGAUUUUCGACGGGCCGGAUGCGUUGGCUGGGGUCAAUGCCAUGAGGCAGAUGGGGUUGGACGGGCAUGCCGGCAAGGCUGUUGCGGCGCAUGUGGAGAGGGUUGAUGCUUGA